AUGUUGUCGCCUUCGGCUAGUGCUGGUGUGAGCCUGCUGCUUGUUGCAGUAGGUGUGCUGCUUUACCUUCAGACGCAUCCACGUACUCUCCCUGGAAGUGACGCAGUCGUGACGUCGCCCAAGCGCAAGGCCAAGAAGAAGCCGCAACAGACUGCCAAGACCAACUCCGAGCCUAAGCCCAUGACUGUGCGCAUCUUGUACGGCACUCAGACUGGCGCAUCCAAGACGAUGGCCGAGACGCUGGAAAAGACGUUGUUCGCGCUCAACAUUUCCGGUUUCCACUUCCAGACGAGCGUCGUGAACAUGAAGGACUACGAUCAAGACAAUCUGGAGCAGGAGGCCAUUGUGGUGGCUAUUCUGUCCACAUGGACGCACGGCGAGCCUCCUGAAGACGCCAAAAUGUUUUGCAACUGGAUCACAGACAUGACGCAGGACUUCCGUGUGUCUAAGAACUGGUUAAAUGGUGUACAACACGCCGUUUUCGGCCUGGGCAACGCUGAGUACGACGAGGACUACGGCACAGCUGCCAAAAAUCUAGACCGUGAUCUAUCAGAUCUAGGAUCUCCGUCGCUUGUUUCUUUAGGUCUGGGCGACGACAAUGUGGACCAGUUCAAGCAAUUCGAUGUCUGGAUGGACAACCUAGUGGCUGCCAUGUGCGAGCACAGCUCCGAGAAGGCCGUGGCUGCACUGAAGAAGUCAAGCAGCCCUGUGAAGGCUGAUAAGGAUGGCAAGAAGUGGCUGUCACAGAAAGAGUUCCGUCGUCAGAAGAGAGCUAAGAAGGCACAAGAGAACGGAGACAAAGUGGAGCUGAAUGAAGAAGAUAUGAUGAACGAGCAGUUCUUGGUGGAUGAGUUCUCGGAUGAUGAAGAGCAGAGUAAACAAAACGCCAACGAUGACAGCGGAAUGGUGGAUGUGGAGGAUAUCGGGAAGUCGAUGAAGGAGUCGGAAGCUGCUAGCAAGUCUCGGGAGAUGGUGACGCCGAUGCAGCGCAAGGCUCUUACCAAGGAAGGCUACAAGAUCAUCGGUACCCACAGUGCUGUCAAGCUAUGUCGCUGGACGAAGCACCAACUCCGUGGACGUGGAGGUUGCUACAAGCACGCGUUCUACGGGAUCACGAGCUACCAGUGCAUGGAGACGACGCCUAGUCUGGCUUGUGCCAACAAGUGUGUCUUUUGCUGGCGUCACCACAAGAACCCAGUGGGUCGUGUGUGGCGCUGGAAGACCGACGACGCUGAGACUCUCGUCAAGGGUUCGAUAGAACGUCAUCAGAACAUGAUCAAGGAACUCAAGGGACUGCCUGGGCUGAUCCCUGCGCGAUGGGAUGAGGCGUUCACAGUGCGUCACUGCGCGCUGUCACUUGUGGGUGAAGCUAUCAUGUACCCGCAGAUCAAUGAGUUCUGCAAGCAGCUCCACAACCGCCACAUCUCGUCCUUCCUAGUUACCAACGCUCAGUUCCCCGAGAAAAUUGCCGCUCUGGACCCCAUCACGCAACUGUAUGUCAGUGUUGAUGCCGCUACUAAGGAGUCACUACGUGCUGUGGAUCGUCCGCUGUUUAAGGACUUCUGGGAACGUUUCCUGGCUUGUUUGGAAGAGCUCAAGCACAAGGGACAGCGUACCGUGUAUCGCUUGACCCUGGUCAAGUCGUACAACAUGGAAGAACUGGAUAAUUACGCAGAACUGAUCAACAUCGGUCAGCCCGACUUCAUUGAGGUGAAGGCCGUGACGUACUGUGGAAAGUCAGAUGGCUCCGAUUUGACCAUGAAGAAUGUGCCCUGGCACGAGGAAGUGCGUGGCUUCUGCUCGGCUUUGUGCGACCGCGUGAGUGGUGACUACGCCCUGGCAUCUGAGCACUCCCACUCCAACUGCGUGCUGAUUGCUAAGAAGAAAUUCUGCCGAGAAGGUGUGUGGCACACGUGGAUUGACUACGAGCGCUUCCACGAACUCAUCGCCAAGUACUACGAGGAUGGCACGCCGUUCACUGCUGAUGACUACACUGCUCCUACUCCAUACUGGGCAGUGUACGACUCGAAGGAACAGGGUUUCGAUCCCGUUGAAACUCGCUUCCGUCGUACAAAAGAUGGCAAAGUUGUCGAGUUCGCGUACCAGUCUACGGAGUCGGGCUGUGGAUAA